UUGUAACUGACUUAUCCCACGGCUGACGCUUCGAACAACAGGAAGAACGUAACGAAGAGUAUGAAAAUACAGUGGAGCGUGUAAGCGAAAUACAGGUUGAAUUAUCCUAUUGUUCGAAGUGCCGGCUGUAGAUGAGUUAAGAGAAGUGUUCUACGGAGGUCCAUCCGCCCACCAUUUGACUAGCCCCGAAAAAGUGCCAGCUGGCUGACCCGGUUUAGAUGUUUACAUUGCACAUUUAAGAGAUACGUGUCAAUGUCAUAGAAUCACUUAUACUGGUAUAAUUGACCGAAAUGGUGGACCGUGUAUCAGCCUGGAAAAUCAUUUUUCUUUUUUAUUUGGUCACUGGCUGCUAUGGAGUUGCUAAUUAUUACAUAGGGACAGGGAUCGCUGAUGUUACGGGACCAGCAGCAGAAGUCAAUAUGAUGGGGUAUGCCAAUCCAUCCCAAAAAAGCCAUGGGAUCCAUAUGCGUCUGUAUAGCAGGGCAUUUAUUAUUGCUGACGCUGCUAAGACGUCCAGGGUAGUCUUCGUCAAUGUUGAUGCAUGUAUGAUAUCUGAUAUUAUGAAAAAGAAGGUUGCUAAUAAGCUGAAGACUCUCUACAAUGGUCUUUAUGAUGAAACCAAUGUCUGCGUGAGUGGAACCCAUACUCACUCUGGUCCUGGGGGAUAUCACCGGUAUGUGUUGUUUGAUGUCACAUCCCUUGGCUUUGUGGAGGAGAGUUUGGAUCCCCUUGUUGAUGGAAUAGUAAAGAGUAUCCAAAAUGCCCACAACAACAUGGUUGCAGGAAAUAUUUACAUUAACACAGGAGUACUUCUGAACAGCAACAUCAACCGCAGUCCUACUGCAUACCUGAAUAACCCACCAGGAGAGAAGGCAAAAUACAACUACAAUGUGGACAAGGACAUGACCGUUUUAAAAUUUGUGGAUGGAAAUGGCCAGCCUCUUGGUAUGAUCAGCUGGUUUGCUGUUCAUUGCACCAGUAUGAACAACACCAAUGGUUAUAUAAGUGGAGAUAACAAAGGAUAUGCAGCACAGCUGUUUGAAAGAGAGAUGAACCCAGGGAGUCUGCCUGGAGAGGGGAAGUUCAUAGCAGCCUUUGCCCAGAGUAAUGAAGGUGAUGUGUCUCCAAACACCAAAGGAGCACACUGUAUUGACACAGGGAAACCAUGUGACGUCUCAACCAGCACAUGUAAUGGAAAGCCUGAGCUAUGUGUUGCAUCAGGUCCAGGGAAGGACAUGUAUGAAAGCACAAAGAUUAUUGGAAAAAAACAGUACGAAAAAGCUAAAGAACUAUUUGAUGGUGCGAACACUCUUCUGACUGGUCCUGUGGACUACAGGCAUCAGUUUGUGGACAUGUCCAACCAGAAAGUCCAAAUUGAUGCCACUCAUUAUGCCACUACUUGCCCCCCAGCUAUGGGAUAUAGUUUUGCUGCAGGAACCACUGAUGGGCCAGGCUCGUUUGACUUCACACAAGGUACUACCACUGGUAACCCAUUCUGGAACUUUGUGCGUAACAUUUUAUCUAAACCCAGCCGAGCACAAAUCCAGUGUCAGCACCCUAAGCCCAUCCUCUUGAACACAGGGGAGAUGUCCUUCCCAUAUCCAUGGCAACCAAGUGUAGUUCCCACUCAGAUUCUGAGGAUUGGGGAGCUGAUGAUACUAGCAGUUCCUGGAGAAUUUAGUACAAUGUCAGGGAGAAGAUUGCGAAAUGCUGUCACUGAGAUUGCCACCCAGCAAGGUCUCCCCUCCAACACUAAAACUGUUGUUGCUGGACUAUCUAAUAGUUAUGCAGAUUAUGUUGUCACAUAUGAGGAAUAUCAGAUUCAGAGAUAUGAAGGUGCAUCUACCAUAUAUGGCCCCCAUACCUUACUGGCAUUUAUUCAGAAGUUUAAGGGACUGACAACAGCAAUGGCCCAGGGCUCUACAUUGUCAUCUGGUCCUAGUACUCCAAACUUUCCAUCAAAACUGAUUUCCUUUCUUACCCCUGUUCUUCAUGAUAGUCCCCCACUUUUUAGAAGUUUUGGUGAUGUAAUCAAGCAACCAAAAUCCAAAUACAUCCAGGGAGAUGUAGUAAAAGUGUCCUUUAUCAGUGCAAACCCAAGGAAUAACGUAAUGAGUGGUAAGAGUUUCCUCACAGUGGAGAAGAAACAGAGUGAUGGAAGCUGGAAGACUGUGUUCACUGAUGCUGAUUGGGAAACUAGUUAUUAUUGGAAGCGCACAUCUACCAUACUGGCGCUGAGUGUUUCUGAGAUUUCAUGGAAAAUACCAGACCAGCAACCAAAAGGCACUUACCGAAUUCGCCAUUUUGGAACAGCAAAGAAAAUGAUUACUGGUUCCUUGAAAUCAUUUGUGGGAUCAACUAAAUCAUUCCAGGUUGUCUAACCAGCAUUUUUUAAGUAAAGGAAUUUUCAGACCUAUUUGAAUUUCCAAUACUGGAUAUUGGGUCAUAAGCAUGUUUAAAUGAAGCAAUGAAAUUAUAAAUAGUAAACUAAUUACCAGAUUUUACAAUUUUAAAAUUUUACAAUUUCCUUCAAAUUUAAUAGAACACAUCUAAUUUUGAAACAGAUUUUGUGAUUUUAUUAAUGUAAAACAAAUGUAUAAGAACAACAAGUUGAGUAUUUUAGUAACAUAACUUAAUAUAACUUUGGAUAAAUAAAGAUUACCAUAAAUAUGUAUAUAUAUUCAUUGAAAGUAUCAAGAACUAUGGAUAACUAUGAAAGCUAUUAAGUUAUUAUUCUAUGCUGUAACUGGAA